CUGUGAGCGGAACCCAAGGGCUCGUCUCCGGCCAGAGCAAACGACCCGGCGAAGCGCCGGCGGCCGAAGCGGCUCCGUUGUGCUGGGCCUUUUGCAGAGCCCUGGGCAAGGGUUGGCACCGCAGGGUGGGAGUUCGACAGGUCCCCGGAUUUCCCUUGUCAAACAACCCCCCAAAGGGUCCCAGACCCCAGAACAGUCACUGAAAACUUUGGGGGUGGGGAACCAAACCUUCCCGGGGGCUUUGUUCUGCCCAGCGACAUGACAAGAGGGAGAUUUUUCCCGGGGGCCUGUAUUGGCCAGGACCCUGGGCGCAGGCCCCGGGGUCCUGUUGGAUAAUUGGAUACUGCAAGUGGGAGCAGACGUGCGGGCUGCCCCAGAUCCAGCCCUUGGCCCCGUCCAGCCCUUCGCCUCCAGGCGGGGCCACACGGAGGCCACAACCCCCCCAGCCAGAGAUCCCGCUGCGAUCAGGCAACCGCCCGCUGCACCAGUGCCCGGCUCCUAGCCCGACCCCCACUAGCCCUCCCAGAGCCUCACACAGCCCUGGACCAACAGGGAUGCAGAAUGUCUCCCCGGCGUGCAGCACUCACUCGAACGCUGGAGGAAAGAGGCUUGAGGAUCAGGGUCUAACAGCCUCACCUGCCAUUAUGGAAGGGCCGGUUCCCCCCUGUGACCCCUUCCUUUCAGACAUGGCGACACUGCGCUGGCUGCCCGGAUGCCUGGGUCCCUUCGUUGUCACUCUCCUGGUCGGAUCCCCUAUUCCAGUGGCCUUCUCUGACGUCCGUUCCUGCCCGUGCACCCAGGGGUGCUGCCCGGCCGGCUGGUACCAGUACCGGGAUUCCUGCUACUACCCGGUGACGGCCACCAAAGGCUGGUGGAAAGCUGAGACGGACUGCAAGGCUCUGGUGGAGGGCGCCCAUCUGGCAUCCGUGCACAGCGCCGAGGAGAACAACUUCAUCUAUCAACUCAUGGGCACCCCCAAAGACUACGAGAAAAAGGAAGCCUAUUGGCUCGGGGGCCGCCGCGAUUCUCAGGGCCAGCUGGAGGGCGAGGGCUCCUGGCGUUGGACUGACGGCUCCGCGUGGCACUAUCACAACUUCGGGAACGGCAAGCCGGACAGGAUCACGGCGGAGACGUUCGUGGCCUCCUGGAAGUUGGAUCAAGAUGCUAUCACUUGGGAUAACUAUGAAGCUUCCUUGGAGUUCAUGUCCGUCUGCAAGCGCUCGCUGGACUGAUGGGCUUGAAGGGCGGCCCGGAGGUGCCCGCCUGGCUUGGCUGUGCCCUGGCCACUGGGGUGAUGUGCGGCUGCUGUGUGCCCCCUGGAUUCCCCCUCCAACGGGGGUCAGUGCGCCCCCUGCUGGUGCCCUGCAGACCUGGACACAGCUCCACUGCAUGCUAAGCCUGAAGUAAACCAAUCUCCCCAGCACUGGCAGUGGCGGUCCCGGCUCU